UGCAUUCAUGAUAAUGGACGGCGUGUUAUAAAUUUCGUUGCACUCGCGAGCGGAGCUUCAGUCUCUUAAUCGUGAGCAUCUCCAACGCAGCAUGUCGGGAACUUGUCUCUUCCCUAAAAGUCUCGUCACAAUGGACACGGAAGAAAAAUGGCACAUCUGUUACACUGAAAAAUCGGAAAGGCCGAAGGAUGAAUCUGUAGAAUUCGACAGGGCGAUUACACUAUGUGGAUACGGAAAAUAUCACUACGAGCUCGUCCUUCUCUGCGGCUUGAUCUUCAUGUCAGCUGGGUUUCAGAAUGGUCUGAAUGCCUACAUACUGCCAUCAGCAGCAUGCGACCUCCAAUUGUCAUCGGAGGAAAAGGGACUGCUUAACGUAGCUUUUUUGGCCGGUGGAACUUCGAGCGCUAUGCUGUGGGGUAUCAUCGCCGACGUAUUUGGCAGGAAGAAUAUUUUGCUGGGCACUUUAAUCGCCGAUGGAACCAUCACCAUCAUAUCAAGCCUCUCGCAGAGCUUUCAAACUCUUUUUGUCUUCCGAUUUCUCAACGGCUUCGUUAUUGGCGCACCUGGAUGUCUCGUAUUUUCAUACCUGGGUGAAUUCCACGCGGAGAAACAACGCGCGAAAAGCAUAUGCUACGUCGGUUUCUUCUUCACUUUGGCUUGGCUGGUGCUUCCAGGAUUGGCUUGGGCGAUAAUACCGAUGACCUUCGAGCUUCGAAUCAACGGUCUGCAGUUCAAUUCCUGGCGAUUGUUCGUCGCCCUUGUCGGUAUCCCGACCGUAAUCAGCGGCAUUCUGCUUAUACGAUUCCCGGAGAGUCCAAAGUUCCUAGUUUCCCAAGGGAAGUCUAAGGAAGCCUUGAAAAUUCUGCGUGGUAUAUUCGUUGCGAAUACUAGUCACAGCAUUCACGAUUAUCCGGUGAAAACACUCCUGGCUAACGAUACGGCGAUCGUGAACGAGGAAGCCAGCAUCGAGAAGAGCAUAUUCGGCAUUACCCAACUUCUGCAAAGCAUCUGGAAGCAGAUUUGCUACCUCUUCACGCCUCCGCUCCUCAAGUACGCGGUUCUCUUCUCGAUCAUGCUCUUCGCCAACAUGUUCGGGUACUACGGCCUUGGUCUGUGGCUGCCGGAGCUGUUCAACCGCUUCGAGACGUACUACAAGCUGCACCCGAACACGACCGUGACCGUCUGCGAAUUGGCCACCUUCUCGGUCCCGGCAAAUCCGUUGGCCGAAGCGAUAACCCAGACGCAAAACGUCAUCCUCGUAGGAAACAGCACCGCCUCGGACGACAUCCUUAAGGGAAUCCCCUGCAGCGGGACCAUCGACGAGCAGGUCUUCGUCAACACGUUGACGGUGAACGCGGUGAGCCUCCUGGGUAACGUGGCUUCCGGCUACCUCGCCGAUCGCCUUGGCCGACGAACGAUGCCAGUUGGCACGAUGGUGUUCGCCGGUGUCUUCGGCUGCUCGAUAUACUUCCUCAGAUCGGCAUCCCAGAACCUGAUCGUCGCCUGCCUCUUCUCGACUUUCAUAGCGACUGGUAACACGGUCCUGAACAGCGUGAUCGUUGACAUUUUUCCGACGCACGUCAGCGCGAUGGCUAUUUGUUUGGCUACGUUGUCGGGAAGAAUCGGCGCCAUCGCCAGCAAUCUCCUCUUCGGUUUACUCCUCGACAUUAACUGCGGUGUCCCGAUAUUCCUCGUUGGGGGUGUAGUCAUAUUUGGCGGACUGUUGGGCUUUCUUAUACCGAACAAAGGAGUAAUAACGGAUAAAUAUUGUGACAAUAAUAUGGCCGUUGCAUCGGCCUAGUUG